CGGCAGGUGGCUGCUCGGGAGCAGGAAGCCGCCACCGCCGUCGCGCCAAUCCCCCUCGUGUGCCGCCGUCGGGGGCAGCCGCGCCCGCCUCAGCGACCCCCGCGACUUCUUUUGCCUUGUUUCCCCUUUUUUUUUUUUUCCCUCUCCCCCCCUCCCCUCAACUCCGCUUGCACUUGGAAGGAUAGCGGCGGCUGCCGCCCUUGGGGCUCCUCUCGGCAGCCGGGCAGCCCCGGGCGAGCCUCCCUCCGUCCCUCCCCUCCCGCCGCGGCCCCGGCCGCGAUGAGCGCCGCCGCCCCGGCUCCGGAGCCCGACCCGCAGGAGGGGGGCCCCGGGCAUGGCCCCGGGCCGGCCCGGGAGGGCAGCCCGCAGGAGGAGUUUGACUUCUCCAUCCUCUUCGACUACGACUACCUGAAGCCGAUCGAAGAAGAACCGACUCCACAUAAAACCAACAGCCCACCCUCUGGAGUUACAUACGCUCAUGAUGUCUUGGACUGUGGCCUCAAGCCAUGCCCCCUGCCUUUUUCUAGCCUUUCUGCAGAUCCCAUGGGCAGAUAUGGACAGCCAGAUAGCAUAGGGACAACACCUACACACCCUGCCAACGCUGCAGGGGCCUCUGCUCCGAGCCCUAGGAUUGAAAUUACUCCAUAUCAUGAACUGAUUCAUUCAGGGGGUCCCUUCCGCAGCAGAGAAACAGAUGUUCUUUUGGUAGAACAUCAGUCAAACUCAGCUACCACUAGCCCAAGGGUUACCCUGCCUGUCCCUGGCUUUGAGGGCUACAGAGAACCACUGUGUUUGAGCCCAGCUAGUAGCGGCUCCUCUGCAAGUUUCAUUUCAGAGACAAAUGUAUCUCCUUGCACAUCACCAUGUGUUUCACCAAAUAAUGGUCCUAGUGAUGACCUUUGUCCACAGUUUCAAAACAUCCAUACUCAUUAUUCUCCUAGAACCUCUCCAAUAAUGUCACCACGAACAAGCAUCACGGAGGAAACCUGCUUGGGACGACAUUCACCAUCACCCUGUCCCAACUCAAGGUCUUCAUCACCAGGUGCAAAACGGAGGUACUCUUGCACUGAGCUCUACAGUACUCAGCUGCCUUCCACUUCUCCACGACAGUCAAGGACCCCCUCUCCACAAUCCUCUCCUCGCAUCCCCUUCAGAGAAGACAACUCUUCAGUUACUUACACGCAGUUGCCCAGCGCUUCUCUUUCCAUGGAUGCUAUGAACAGCCUUACUACGGAUCCUUCCUGUGGCGUUCCCACGAAAAUUUGGAAAACCAGCCCUGAUCCUUCAUCAAUGCCUUCCCACAAAAACAGCAUUCCAUGUCACGUCUUUCAGACUGUUGACUUCCACGGGCCUUGCGAGCAGGAGGACCGGAGAAACUCAGCCCCAGAAUCAAUUUUGUUGGUGCCUCCAUCCUGGACAAAGCAGCUGGUGCCUGCAAUACCUAUCUGCAGUUUGCCCGUCCAGUCGCUCCCACCCCUGGAGUGGCCGCUCUCCAGCCAGUCCGGCUCCUACGAGCUGCGGAUCGAGGUCCAGCCGAAGCCCCACCACCGGGCGCACUACGAGACGGAGGGAAGCCGAGGGGCCGUCAAGGCGCCGACCGGAGGCCACCCCGUCGUGCAGCUUCACGGUUACAUGGAGAACAAACCCUUGGGUCUUCAGAUCUUCAUCGGGACAGCAGAUGAACGGAUACUUAAACCUCACGCUUUCUAUCAAGUCCAUCGCAUUACGGGAAAAACUGUCACCACCACCAGCUAUGAAAAAAUCAUUGGCAACACCAAAGUUUUAGAGAUCCCACUGGAACCCAAAAACAACAUGAAAGCAACCAUUGACUGCGCGGGGAUUUUGAAGCUGAGGAAUGCAGACAUCGAGCUGCGCAAGGGAGAGACAGACAUCGGCAGGAAGAACACCCGUGUCCGGCUCGUCUUCCGCGUGCACAUCCCCGAGUCCAACGGCAGGAUCAUUUCUCUGCAAGCAGCAUCGAACCCCAUCGAAUGCUCCCAAAGGUCUGCUCACGAACUUCCAAUGGUUGAAAGACAAGAUAUUGAUAGCUGCCUCGUUUAUGGAGGACAACAGAUGAUCCUGACCGGACAGAAUUUCACAGCAGAGUCCAAGGUGGUGUUCACAGAGAAAACGUCAGAUGGGCAGCAGAUCUGGGAAAUGGAGGCAACAGUGGACAAAGACAAGAGCCAGCCUAGCAUGCUUUUUGUAGAAGUACCAGAGUACCGUAACAAGCACAUUCGCACAGCUGUGAAGGUGAAUUUUUACGUCAUCAAUGGAAAAAGAAAAAGAAGCCAACCCCAGCAUUUUACCUACCACCCAGUACCAUCAAUCAAAACAGAGCCCAUUGAUGACUAUGAUCCAGCCUUAAUCUGCAAUACAGUACACAGUGGUCUGGGAACAGUAACACAGCCUUACUAUUCACAGCAUACAAUGGUCACCGAGUCCCCUUCCUGUCUUGUGGCCACUAUGGCUCCUUGCCAGCAGUUGCGCUCAGGCCUUUCUUCUCCCGAUUCUCGAUACCAUCAGCAGAAUCCGGCCGCCGUAAUAUACCAAAGAAGCAAGAGCCUUAGCCCAAGCCAAGUGGGCUUCCAGCAAUCCAGUCUGAUGGCUACUCCGGGUGCUAUUUCAGAUGCCCAUAGGUCAGUGCUGGUGCACGCUGGUUCUCCAGGCCAAACUUCAGCCGUGCUCCACCACUCCCCAGGCAACCAGCAGUCUUCUCCAGUGAUUCACUAUUCUCCAACCAACCAGCAGCUGAGGUGCGGAAGUCACCAAGAAUUUCAGCACAUCAUGUGCUGUGAAAAUUUUACGUCCAAUGUUGCAAGAUCCAGCCAGCCCCAGGUCAGUCAAGCACAAAGGUUAAGUCCGAGUUCAUACCCUACCGUGAUCCAGCAGCAGGCAGCCUCAGGCCAGCGAGCAGCAAAAAAUGGACCACCGGUUAGCGACCAGAAAGAAGUGUUACCGGCUGGAGUCACUAUCAAACAGGAACAGAACCUGGACCAAGCGUAUCUGGAUGACGUUAAUGAAAUUAUCAGGAAGGAAUUUUCUGGACUCCCUGCCAGAAAUCAGACAUAGAAGAAGAGAUUUGUGAGACAACUUUUACCGAAUCCUUCCAUAACUGACCUCUUAGAUCCUUCCAGUGCCCCUGCAACCUCCUGCUUCCUUAACUGUUCAUCUCAAGGCACCAAUUCAAUGCAAGGAACAAUGUAUUGGCAUCAAGCUGACAGCCUUGACUAAGCAACUCGCCACCUCUCUCUGUAAACAUCGAGAAGGACACCCUUCCUUUCGUCUAGCGAUCGUAUUGUUCUUGUAUAACAGAGCGUCUGUCUGAGGAAACUCUUCCAGCCUGCUGCAAAAUAUCUAUCUGUGUAUCGAUCUAUCUUAAUAAUGAGGGAGAAGUGAGAUGUCACGCCUGAACACCGCACAAAGCAAGGGAGGUUAUGUACUAGUGCUUAGUUGGGUGGGGUGGGAAACGGGGGAAGAGAGAGUAAUAUAUUCCGUAAGAGAAUAGCGACAUUUUGCGGGUCACUAACAAUGACUUGUCCUCCAGGUCUCAAAGCCCUUUCGAGAAAUUUUGUUGUUGUAGGAAACUGAGGCAAACCCGAGCUUGCUCGGCCUUUAUCCGACCUGGGAUCAGAAGCCCUUUUUUCCUGACUCUGAGCGCUGUGAUCAGUAUUUCAAAGAGUAGAUGUCAGCUGAAGCCAGGAGUUCUCUUCUUUUUUCGUGUCAGACCGGAUAGGAAUUUAAAGGAGAAGGAUGCUCACAGAGAACCAGUGAAAAGAGCAAUUCAGCAGUUGGGCCACCUAUCCCAAGGUAAAAUCAACCCAGAUAAAACAGAGAGUAAUAUAUAGGAGUCACAGUAAACCCAAAGAUUUUAUGAUUGAUCCUUACUAGUAUUUAGGCAGUGUAUGAACACAUCUUAGGUAUUUUCUCUGUAAGAAAUUGUUGCUGUUUCUUUUCGUAUAGAUCCUGCUGUCAGCUCGUAACUUGUCUCGUUUAGCAGCUGUAACGUUUAACCACACAAGCUGCAGAGGGAAAUAAUUGCACCUUACAGAAGCCAUAUGUUCCAGAAGAAGUAUACACGCACUUAUAAUCACCUUGUCUCUUUAGCUUUGCAAAGCUACCAGCAAUUUCUGGAAAGGUUAGAUUUCCGUGUGAGUUAGUAUGUUUGUUAUGUUUUGCUUCAUGUGUUGGCACGUCCCGCACCGACACAGGCUUACCACGCUAAGCGAUAACCGCUGCCACCUGCAGUUGUACAGCGAGCCGGUUUGUAACGCUCUGGAGUGUCAUUGCUAGCACACAUAAAAAGACGUCGCGAGUCAAUGUACAGUAAAAGAUAGCCAUAGUAUUGUAGGAAGUACAUACUAAUCUUUUCUGGUUUUGUAAAUGAGGAACGCUGAUAUUUUUAGGCGUGCAGGGCGUGAGCGCUGGUCUAGAAACCACAGUGGGUCUGUCCCGGUCGCCGUUGUUUCGCAGCAGACGGUGCCGAAAAGCGCCGUGUCCACGUGCUGGCAGCAGGGAUCGGGUUAUACGACCACAGCAGAGCAGCGGCACAGUCGGGUCCCCCACGGUGUGAGCAAGCUCGUGCACAAACCCCGCGGCAGCCCUCUUCUCAGGAGCAUUGAGAAGAAUAUAUUUUCCUGCCAAUAAAAGCUGGCACUUAAACUCUGCGAGGGCUUCGGUUUUAGAGUUAGAGACAGAAGCAUUAGACUUUUUCCAGAACACCUGACCUAGGACUCACCUUUAAUCUUGGCUCUUAAACCAAAAUCUGACUUUGACAGGAGCAGCUCUGAGCCCUGGAUCCAACCAAGCCUAGGUCCAGAACCAGAGCAGAGCCCUUCCCGACUGCAAAGCCCAGCCUGGCGUUAACAGCGCAGCCUGGGGCGGUCGCUCCCCCCCAGUGACGUACGGCUGACCGGUGCCGGCGGGGAGCCCACGGUGGGACAUUCAACUCUCUGUCACAAAGCGUGUGUCCCCGUCCCCCCCGCCGUGUCCCGUUUCAGCGACAGCGGAAAGUGGCUGGCUCAGGACGCCUCGCGCUGCGGCGCCUGCCGUGAGCGCUGCGCGUUGCAGCAGCACGAAGGGCGCGAGAGCCAGCCCCGCCGCGAGACCUGCAGAGGCGAAAAUGGCCCGGUUUUUAUUGCUGACUUUUACAGAACCAAAGCUGAGGCUUGGACUGGCUGAAAAACCGUCUGCGCAGGGGAAUUAUUGGUCAUUAACCAGCACCUGUACAGUACUUCACCUGGCUCAGAUGCCUCAAAUAAGCUAUUUUGGAUUGUUUUAAAACUCCCAGUUUGCCAGAAUCUGAGCUAUAGUAUGGCUUAUUUUUAAUGCAGCCUGACGUUUUGGGCAAUUUUGAAAAAUUCCUCAGGCCAAAAGUUGCCUGUCAGAAAGUCUUUGCUGCAGCUGAGUAAAAGAACAGACCGACCGUGUCUCCCAGUUUCACAGAAUUCACCCUUGGAAGUACUAAAAAUGACCAUCUAUUUUCCUGGAUCCUACUUUUAAGGUGUAGGGGAAAUUUAAAAAAAAAAAAACAAAAAAAACCAACCAACAACUUAGUCACAGAAAACCAAAAUCCCCCCAUAACUGACAGAAAUGGUUCUGUUGCUGGAUUUUAACUGGGAUAGCAAAGAACAUGACCUCUUUCUCAAAUCUGUAGGUGCACUGACGUAGGCUAAAAAUAGUGCUGCCUCUCUGGGCCCUCUCCGUAGCCGGUGCUCGUCAAGAGGCCGAGCGGCCGGUCCCGCAGCCGGACACCCGCGCCCCGACGCCACGGGCCCCCCCCGCCCCCCCAGCAGCGCCGCUGCGGGGUGCCUGCGCCUCGGGCGGGCUGAGCUUUUAACGGGGGUUUGGUGGGUUUUUUGGUCACUGUCCCCGCAUAUCAGUUAAGCAUCUUUUGCCCCUUUUCAGUCUAGUGCAUAAAUGUAUAAAGCGCCCAAGAAACCCGUGGCCUCCUGGCAAAGGCUUGUCCCCCUUCCGAGGGACCCAGGCAGGGCAACCCCUGCGCCCUGCAGGGCUCCUCUGCCGCCGCGUUGCAGGAAGCACCCAUGAAACGCGCUCUUUAACCGAAGGAUAAGAUUUCCAGUGCUCUUAGGUGGGCUGUUGGGACAGAGGCUUUUUUUUGGUUUGUUUUAAAAAAAAAAAUGUUACAAGUGCUUUACUUGUGCUUGCACGAGCUGCAGGGCUUCCUCAUUUUUUAAUGCAUAGCUAUUAAUCUGUAUGUGUGUUUGUGUAGGUGCAUAUACAUGUAUAUUUAUACAAUAUAACCGUAUAUAUGGUUAUAUUCUAUACAUAUGAGUCUAUAUGAACACACACCUGUACAACCUUGGGUCGCGCUCCUGUAACCGGCUCCAGUCAGCCAGACGGUCGCAGGCACACGAAGCCGGCUACUGGAUCGAGGGGUCAUAAGAUGUAUAUAAUAUAGACUACAUUUUAGUGGUUUUAUUUACAGCUACAUGAGGCCAGGCUGGGCUACCCUAUCUGCUUUUACACGCAACUGUUUUAGUUAAAUAAUACAGCUUUAACCAACAUUAUAUUUAUUUCCGGAGAAAAAGGAGUAGCCUCAGACACAGCUUUAUGCAUUGGUGUUGCUUUUUAAAGGGAAACCCAGUAUGUUACAAUUACAUAGCUAGGCUGAAGAACUUCAAAAUACACAGUGCUAAAUUAUUUCCUGUUCUUGCUGGGCGGUGUUUCUCCAGUGUUACUAUUUUGCUACUUAAUACAGCUUGCUCCCUUUCUGUAGAAGCAUUAGCUUAACCUUGGAAGAGUUAAUACCAUUUCUGUGAGCAAUUUGUUCUCACGUUAUCUGGAAGAUAGCCAUAUUUGCACAUGAGGAAAGGCUGUCUUUCCUCAGUUAUCUGAAUGUUUCACCACAGUGCCUUCCUGCCAUUGUACCAAAGGCUUCCAAAGAGAGUGUCUGCAGGGUGACCAACGCGAAUGCGGUUUCCAUCAAAGUCAGGCCAUGCGAAGUACGUGGGGCUCGGUGGAACUCAAAGUUCAUCUCUCGUUUUUGUGUGUGUGCGCGUGCAUUUUUGUUUUGGUUUGGUUUUACUUCCAUUUUUCCAUCCAAGCUUUGGCUGCAAGUACAGGAUGAGCUUCUAUAAACUUCUGCAUCAAAUAUAUGAAUACGUAGAAUAAAACCAUCAUUCAUGAUAUGUAAACAUUCUGAGAGUGGAAUGGGAGUGGACAGAUAUCAGGAAGAUCUUUUUCUUGUCAGUUACGAAUGUUGGAGGUACGGUUUGCCAGGAGAGUGAUCAUGAAGAUACUUGCAAUGAAGUAUGAAGUCCCGAUUUUGUUUUUCUCCAUGAGAAUGAGCAAAAUGUAACACCUGAACAACAGCGAUGGAAUGAAAGAGUCUAAUGUAUGUGUUUUUAUUGGUAGAAAGAAUGUAGAAGAGCCGUGGUUUUUGCACUUGCUUUAUUUGUAUCCAUGUAAAUAUGUAUCACUUCCAUUCUUCUUGUAGGAAUACAACAUUUUCUGAAUGUAGAAUAUUUCCAAGACCAGCACUAUGUUAUUCUCUAUUGUAUAAAAUGCUGCUGCUUAAUAACGUAUCUAAAACAGUUCUCAAAUUAGCUAGCAUGUUUUUUUAAAGUAUAUUUUGUAAUCCAUAUCUUUACAAAAAAGUGUCUAUGCUUUUUGUCUGACCAAAUAUGCAACGCCUUUUGGAUUAAGGAUAGUAUUUAUAACGGAUCGGUUUUCAUUUUCUAAGUGUAUUAAUUUUCUAUGCAAUUGUUGUUGAAUUGUUAUUGUCCUAAAAAAAGAUGCAUUUGAUAGAUUUUCCAAAGACUUCAAAGACAGCUUUAAACACUUCAGAAAUAUGUUUCUAAAUAUUUCAAUCUGACUUUUCCCCCUGCAUUUCUUUCCAAAUUGCUACUUAAUAGGGAACAAAUAUCUGCCAGAUGGGAUUCAAGAAAAUGACUGUCUUAAUUUCCAAUCUUAAAUUGAUUCAGAUCUUCAUCAAUUUUGCACCACUUGCAAUCAUCUGAUGUUCCAGUUUAGCUGCGAUUCUGAGUGUUUGUUAUUUAUGUAGGUAUUCCUGUGCACUAGGAAGAGACCCCCGAUGGUGGGUUUAGAAUGGGUGAAUUGCAAAUUCUCCAGAAACCAACCGUUUCCCUCAUCGUUUACGCUGCAGUGAUUUCUUGCCUGUAAAUGUAAGGCAUCUAGCUGCCCUCACACGUGGGAAGUUAUAAUUCUUUACCAUCUCGGUUCAGAAUGAAUAAUCCACCUCUUUGUACGUUUGAUGUAAGAUUGACGUCUGUCUUUUUUAAUGCCUGCCACUUUAUAACUGCAGCGGGUGGCAGCUGAUAGCAAUUUGUUUAGCUGCCAGCCAGUAUCUAAUCUGCCGUGGUCUGUUUAAGAUUUGUUUAGCCAUUUUCAUUGCUCCAGCUCUACAAAAAACCAGAAAUUGGUACCUGACCAACAUCGCAAUAAAUUUCAAAUGAAGGUGCUGGUACUGUAAAAGAUCGUAUGGCCGGCAAACGAGCGGUUAUCUGGGGAAAAGUUAGUGUGUUGAGGUUCUUUUCAAUAACUCUUAUACAAUAGCAAAAAUGGGUAGGAAGUUCUGGAAUGGCUGAGUCACAAAAAUGCAUAAUGGUUUAUGUGUCCGUAAUCGCCCAGCAAUCCACAGAUGUCUUGUUGGAAUAAUCAGUUACUCCAGGAUUAACGGGCCAGCGUUUUCCUGAUGCUGGUGAGUACCUUACUACACCAGUAGUGUGGUGAGACCUGGGAGCGGAGCAUCCAGCUACAGCUCAGUCUUAACAACGGUGGCCUAACUGGGACUUGCCUGUUUGUGCGCGUGAGUGUGUGCGAGCGUGUGUAAUUAGGAAGUGGUCCCCUCCCCGCGGCCCAGGCCUCCUCGCUGAAGGCCUGCGGCGUGCGUCCGGGUAAACCCGUCUGUUAGCAGAUGCGCGAGUGAGCAAUUGUCACCCAAAUAAUCCUAACGUCGGUUCAAACCGUUUGUUCAAAAGCCUAACUUCUAAGAAUUUGAAAGGGGUUUAUAUCGUUCACAUCCUUACAACAACAUUGUUAACCUCCAAUGUAAUGAUUUUUUUGCAGUCUGUAAAAUAUUUUUAUAUAUUGCCUGUACUUUGGUAUUUUAGCAAUAAAUGAAAGGAUAUCAUCUG